AUGGUCAGAGAUAAUCAGAGGCAAGGAACAAUAUCAGAUCAAAUACAAACCAUAUGGUAUCCAUAUAAGAACAAAUUUCGAGUAAUGGCUGCUUGUUUGACUGCCAUGGCGAACGGAAUGAAUGACUCGGCCCCAGGAGCACUGAUUGCAAGCCUCGAAAGAGACUAUAACAUUUCCUAUGGCACUGUCUCGAUCAUUUUCGUCUGCAAUGCCCUUGGGUUUGUAGCAGCUGCCUUUUUCAUCAGUGCACUCUCUUCCAGAAUUGGACGGGCGAAGUGUUUGAUGAUAUCGGAGGCUUUGCUAAUCCUUGGAUACACGGCCAUUGUCACGACCCCACCGUUUCCAGUCGUUUGCGCAUCAUUCUUCGUCCUCGGAGUCGGGAUGGCCAUGAAUUUGGCUAUCUGCCAAGUCUUCUGUGCUAACCUCGCAAACAAUACUGCUGUGGUUGGGGCAUACCAAGGCGCUUAUGGCAUCGGCGGAAUCGCUGGGCCACUCAUUGCUACUGCGCUUGUGUCUCGAGGUAAUGUCUGGUCGCGAUUCUAUACUGUAGAACUGGGACUUGCGGCUCUCAACUUUUUUCUGAUUCCGUGGGCCUUUUGGAAGUACGAAUUGGAGUCCGAGCAAGAGCAAGUACUCCCUCACCCAGCCGGUGAGCAGAAUGAAAGCACGCAACGGAAGUGGAGAUCUUUCAAAACACUCUUGUCAGACAGAACAACCGUCCUUGGAUCUCUUUUCAUCUUUGCUUAUCAAGGAUCCGAGGUUGCCAUCUCCGGUUGGGUAAUUGCCUUCUUGGUGCAAUUCCGGCACGGAGAUCCCAGUAAAGUGGGCUAUGUAACUUCCGGUUUCUGGGCUGGCAUAACACUUGGGCGUUUCACACUCUCAUUUUUGGCCCACCACAUUGGGGAACGCCUUUUCGUUUUCAUAGUCACUGUAGGAGCUUUGAUCCUCGAACUCCUCAUCUGGUUCGUACCGUCAAUUCCAGGUGAUUCCAUCGCCGUGGCAUUUUCAUGCCUCCUGCUUGGACCGAUUUACCCUUGUGCUGUACACAUUUUCCAACGACUCAUCCCUCGGAAGAUGCAAAUCUCAUCACUUUCUCUCAUUGGUUCAGUUGGAAGCUCUGGAGGCGCCGUGGCACCCUUCAUGACAGGAAUGUUGGCUCAGCAUGUUGGAACAUUUGUCUUACAUCCAAUCUGCAUCGGCUUGUUCGUGAGCAUGGGUCUAGCCUGGUUCUUUCUGCCCGAGCCCGAGAAGAGAUCUGAAUAA